GGAGUAGAACUCCUUUCUUCUGAGUGCUGUCCAGUGUCCCAUCACCCUUAUUAUGGGAAUCAUUACCACCCCAUUUACACAUGCUACCUAUAUAUACAAAUUCCCCUCUCCAGAAGAGCACUGCAGCAUAUGAUUAAUUCUAAGUGUGUGGGUAGUCCCAUUGAAGUAGAUGGGACUGGUAUAGUGCUUUGCUAGAGUGGGGCCCCAAUUUUAAUGCCUGUACCAUCUAUAGUAAAAGUAAAUGCACUAGUCAAGUUAUUGCUACUGGAGGACCUAACCAUUUGAUAACUUCAAAAAAUCUGAAAUAAACAUCUCAACCAUAAUCCUGUAUUAAUUUAGCUUUUUGCCUAAAUCAGGCAUGUACUAGAGAUGAAGAUUUAUUUCAGAGGAUGCUUACUGCAUCAUCUCUUGCAGUUACAGGCAACACAGAUAAUUGUCCCUUGAUAUGAGGAACUUUGCUCCCUGUGAAUGUAGACACCCUCAUUGCACCCAAAGACAGACUCUCUAGGUUGGGGGCUGCUUCCUUUGUCUUUUCAGGUGCAGAGAAUGUGAUGGGCAGAGAGAGGGGGUGUUUUGAGAGCAGUGAAGUGCACACAUAAUGACUACUGCAGUGAGGCUCACAGAACGUGUAACAAGAGAGGACCAAGGGAUGGAAGGAAACUCUGUCCUUUAUGGAUCUUCUUGUGCCCAAAUCACUGAAGAAACAGAAUACAUAAAAAAGAUCAGAUCCACACUAGCAAAGAUUCAAAAUCAGCAACCUUUCCGAGUGCCCAGAAAUGAGUUGGAGGGUGAGAAGGACACGCUUAACUCCAGCUACAAUCUAACCCUGGAAAAGCUGAAAGAGACUGACCAGCAGCUCUUGCUUGUGAACAGGGAGAAUGAAAUACUAAAGAUCAAGCUGGAUGCGACAAGAGAAGCCGGUGCACAGUCUCUAAGACAUGCCUCGAAAAGUCUAUAUGAGAAUUACUGCAGUCGGUCUGAAGAACUUAAGAAAAAGCAUGAAGAUGAUAAACAGCUGAUGCAGGCCUGCAAACUUGAGCAAGAGCAAAAAUUGAAACAAAAUCUAGAAAACGUCAAUUGUGUAACUGAAAGACUCGAAGAAAAGUACAGCCGGAUUGCCGACAUGGAGAAACGAGUGCAACGAAUGGAAGAGGAAAAGAAAGCAUUAAUAGAAAAAAAGCAGUCAUUUGAAGAGAAGCUUUUAUCAAAUUCUGAAGAUACUAAGAGCUGUCUUGAUCUUCAAGUGGAGAUUUUCACGGUCCAAGAACAGAUUUCUCACUUGCAGCAUGUGAUCCAGACCCAGCAUCAAAGCCUACGCAGUGUGAUACAAGAGAUUGAAGAACUGAACAACGGACUACAAAACCAAGAUAAAAAAAUUAAGGCUAUGAAAGAAAAGAUAAAUAUGCUUGAAGCUCAGAAUAAAGAUCUUAAAUACAAGGUGGAAUUCUGGUCUGGUCAACCCAAGAUUAAAGUUUCAAAAGGUGUCUCAACGAUUUCAUCCAGGAUUGAUGGGGUGUCCCCCUACUCAUUGCUAACUAGGCUGCGGAAGCAAAAUGGCUAGAUGAGGCCAUCAGUGGUGUCUGUUUCCAGCUUCCUCAUAAGAACCUCUGUCUCUCCCUGCUAAUGACCCUCCAUUCAGUCCUUUUACACAUCUUGUUAUAACACAGCAUGCUUGGCCACCAGGAAUGGCACUUGGACAGAAGAGGCGUCAUUAAAUGAAUAAACAAAUUUGGAUUUAAGGCAAGAACUGAAGAGACAUUGUGUUCUUUAAUGGAUAGUCAAAUGACAGCAGCAUCCUGUGGACAUGGCUGAUGGUGAAAUAGAUACUAUUGUAACAGCUUCUUACAUAUCGAAGAGUCCAUCUUCAACAAGCAUUUUAUGGGCCAGGAGGUACAUCAAACAGUAGUUAAGAGCAUAUUCAGGAUUAACAAACCAAAAUUUGCAUAAUUAUAUCCAAAAAGGAUCGGUGUUUAUCAAAUUUUAACACAAUACUGUAAUGUAACUCUAACUUUUUAAAAUUGAGAUGUUAAUUGUAAAAGGCUAUUUAAUAAAUUAUAUUUAAUCUUUUCAAUCUUUACAUGUUAGCAUCUUAAAUUUAUCAUUUCUAAUCUAGAGUAAGUGUGUGUCAAUGUUUUUUUUUUUUUUUAAGCUAUCAGAACACUAUAUACUAAUAAGUUACUUUGGUUUUUAUAUAAGCAGUUGGUAGCUUCCUCUAAUGGUUGCACAAGUGAUGACGUGCUAUGCAUGUUGAUUGCAGUAUUUUCAGACUUUGGGAAAAGUCUAAACAGUUUUAGGCAAAGCAAAAGCUUACCUUCUAUGGCACUUAAAACAGAAUUUAUUGCUCUUAGAGACAGAUGAUGUUAAACUGUUUUGCAAUAACCAUAUGUAGGUGAAAAUGGUCAUCUGACUUAAGUGGGAAUGUUGUAGUCCAACUACAGUAUUUAUAUUUUGAAGCUUUUCCACGGUAAGCUUUCUUCCCAGAGCCUUCCAAUAAGUCGGCUACCAUCUUCAAGGAGAGAGAGAAAUUGUUUCUGUACCCUUUCACUGCUAAGAGGGUCUCCCUGGCUGUUUGUAAGGGAAUAAACAUUCUAAGACCUG